GGCCUUAGCCUUAGUCAGCCUUACUCAGUAACCAUAAUACUAUUAUUAUUACAUAAUAAUAAAUGAUAAUCACAAUUAAUCACUUAAUUAAUGGAAUGAAAUUUUUAGUUAGCAUAUUUUGGUGCAGGUGCCAGUGUUAGAAUUGGGGUUUGCGUUUGGAACGGUAGCGAGCAACUUCGGUGGAGUCUUGCUCUAGCUUCUCUCGAUCUCACCCUUCUCAAUCUGGCGCUUUCUCUCAGGUUCCCCAAGUCCACUUUUGGUUUUUGAUUCUUGAGGAUGGUGCUCGUUUUAGCCCUGGGGGAUUUGCACAUACCCCACAGGGCACCUGAUCUUCCUGCAAAGUUCAAAUCCAUGCUUGUCCCUGGCAAGAUCCAACACAUAAUUUGUACUGGAAAUUUAUGUGUUAAAGAAAUUCAUGACUACUUAAAGACUCUCUGUCCAGACUUGCAUAUAACCCGUGGUGAGUAUGAUGAAGAGACGAAAUAUCCAGAGACCAAAACACUAACCAUUGGCCAAUUUAAGCUCGGACUAUGUCAUGGUCAUCAGGUUAUUCCAUGGGGAGACCUAGACUCACUGGCAAUGCUACAGAGGCAGCUGGAUGUAGACAUCCUUGUCACAGGUCACACCCAUCAAUUUACAGCUUACAAACACGAGGGAGGUGUGGUUAUAAAUCCAGGUUCUGCAACAGGUGCCUACAGCAGUAUCACUUAUGACGUGAACCCAAGUUUUGUCCUUAUGGAUAUCGAUGGUCUGCGAGUUGUGGUUUAUGUAUAUGAGCUUAUCGAUGGAGAGGUUAAGGUUGAUAAGAUUGAUUUUAAGAAAACAUCUACCAGCCACUCUGCCCAUUAAACACUAGGAUUUUGGACCUGGUCCCUUUUAUCUUUCACUCAUUUUGUUGUUUAGUAUUUUUUUUUACUCGUUCAAACUUUUCAAGGGUGCACUGCUUUUAGCUUUAUUUUGUUUUUUAUGUACACUUGUAUUUGGCCAUGUCAUAGGAUUCUUAGGAUUUGAUUAAUUUGUGAUCUGUGCCAAACUUAAUGACUGAUUGAUCAGUAACAGCUUUGUGUAUUACUCCUCUUACCAGUUAUUGGUUCAGUGCCAGAGAUGUUGGUUUCGUUAUU